CACCCUUCAUUUUGAGGAGACACGAAAACCCUAAAAUCCUGCACCUCUUACAGUCUUACAAGAUUUUCUGGUAUUGCUGAAUCAAGAAAAAACUGAAAAACAGUGCACAGUAUAGUCCUCUCUCUCAUCUCCCAUCAGUCUAAUCACACUAACUCAACCAUUAUCACUUACCCUUUUAACUUUAGAAUUCCCCUCAUCUCAGGCCUUUAUCAUUUUUUUGUGCGAAAAUGGAAAUUUCUUGAUAUAUCAAUCAAGAAUCGGAUGAUGAUCUCUAUCUGAAAACUGGCUCAUCAAAGACCUAAGUGAUUAUAUAAAUCGAUGGUUUUAUAAUAUCCUUGAUUUUAAGUGCAACUUGUCUCUUUGCCUUCUUUUUCUGUCCUUGUUCAAUUUUCAUAUGAACCUGAAACCCUAGAAUUUUAAGCUGGUGUAGCAAUCUAAGAUCAAGAAAUAAUAUAUUAGAGAUAUCUGCGGUUAUGGAUUCUUUCUCGAAAGUGGAGAUUUCGAACUCGGGGAACAACAGCGUCAAUACAGGGAUUCCGGCAUCUUCUUCGGGUGGAACAUCAUCUUCAGGGGGUACGACUUUAAGCCGAUAUGAGAACCAGAAACGCAGGGACUGGAACACUUUUGGGCAGUACCUGAAAAACCACAGGCCUCCGCUUUCGCUUACACGGUGCAGCGGUGCUCAUGUACUUGAAUUCUUUCGGUACUUGGAUCAAUUUGGCAAGACCAAGGUGCACAGUCCAAUCUGCUCUUUUUAUGGUAACCCUAACCCUCCUGCACCGUGCCCUUGCCCUCUUCGGCAAGCCUGGGGAAGCCUUGAUGCCCUAAUCGGACGCCUCCGGGCUGCUUACGAGGAAAAUGGAGGGAAAAGCGAGACAAACCCUUUCGGGUCUCGUGCUGUGAGGCUUUAUCUUCGAGAAGUUCGUGAUUUGCAGUCGAAAGCUAGAGGAAUCAGCUACGAUAAGAAGAGGAAGCGGCCUCCUUCCCAACAGUUGGCUGCAGCACAAACAUCAGCAGAAGCAGCAGCACCGCCAGGUGAAGAUUAAAGUGCAAAACCCUCUUCUUUUAAGAACUUACGUUUCUUCCUCUAUUGUGAACAUUGCUAAAAAUACUACUAGUAGCAUAGUACUACUAAAAAAGCUUCCAAAAUAACCCUCUGAUUUGACCGAGAGAGAAAGACUCAUUUUCUGAUUAGCUCAAGAAAUCCCUCCACAUAUAUAUCCCAAAGUCCUCAAAAUAAAUAUAUCUGUCUCAUGGACAUGGUAGUCUCCUCAAAUCAAAUUUCCCUGCCAAAAAUCAGUACGAAAAUUUCCCAGUU